UACUGUGGAAAAGUUCGUCGUUCCCCACGCUCCACCUCUAUCUCCGCCAUUUCACCGAUGAUAGUUUCCACGCAAUACUAGGACAAAAUUGCCGUUCCGUCACCUUCUUGUAAACGGUGGAAGCACACAAUUCAAACAUUUUAAAACGUGUGCCUUCAAUUGCUCUGUAGGUGCUCCGAUUUGGGAAAAGAGCGUUCAACUAUGUUUCAAUAGAUAUUGCUGCCAAGGAGCCAACUCUUACCUUUACUGUGCUCUCACAAGUUAAAAAGGUACAUUUUGGAGUCCACAGUGCUCCAGAGCUUGUUAAGCAGUCUCUGUAGUAGAACUGUUGCUCAGAAAGUUCCAAACACAACCAUUAAAAAUACCGAAAAAGAAUUCCGUCGUACAACGCCGUCCAUCUUAAGCCAAAUGAAGAGUGUCAAGGAAAAAUUACCUCUGGAAGUGUAUUCUGAACUGAUACAUCAACCUGAAGGUGACACAAUGGAUGCAUCAAUGAACACUCAGCAAAUCCACAAUGCUCAAAAAUCUGCCCAAAAAGCCGAACAUUUGUCGUUGGAUACUCUUUGCAACCUGAAUGAACUACGUUCCGAAACCCAUUUUGUUAGCGACAUCCAUCUAGCACCAAGCCUUCUAGUCAUUUGUUUCAAAACAAAUACAAUCGAGGAAUUCAAACAUCUUUUCCAUCGAGAAGAUUUGUUCACACCAUCUCUGUCAUACGACAGUAGCACGUUUCAAAUGGACGACUACAAUUUGUCAAUCUUAACAUACCGCCAAACUGAAUUCGAAGACCUUCCAGUGACUCCACUUAUGUAUAUGAUCCACGAGAAGAAGGUGGAAAAGGCGCAUAAUUUCUUCUUUAUGCGACUAAACGAACUCAUCCCGGAACUCAAAGCAGUUGAAACAAUGAUUAUAGCCACGGAAAACGAUGAAGCCAUCGUCAAUGCCAUGCAAAAGUAUAUCCCGCACGUGACAAUUUUCCGUAACUGGCAGCAUGCCCUUCAAGAUAUCAACAAAAGUCUUCAAAAUUUAGAAAUUACAGACUGUCACGAAGUCAAAGAGUACGAGAGUGACUUUAUACGCCUCCUUGAUCAAGAGUCUUGUGGUGAUUACAAGUCAAUUCUUGCUCAAAUGUAUUUGAAAAAAUGGAAUAGGUUACAUAUUCCUGAAGAAGGCAUUUCAACACUGUCAAGUGAAUUGCUAAACUCCUUUGAGAAAUCUAAUCUAGAGCAUAAUGAUGUGAAAUCUUGUAAGUUAUUGGAGAACACAGAUGCUAGCGAAAAAGAAGUCUGUGUUGGUUCAGUUGUUGCAAAUCAUUACAAUCAGCUAUCAGAAAGAGGGGUGGCAGAACGAAAGGAAAGCAGAAUUUUUCACAUGAGGAAUCUAAAUAAUUGGAUCAAAAGCAGAAUCAUUGGAAAUAUAUUAGAUCGAAUUAGGAAAGAAAAUGGCCCCCAUUGUCGCCUCAAUGUGCUUGAUUUAGGCUGUGGAAAAGGUGGUGACCUGUUAAAGUGGGAACGAGGGCAUGUACAUCAUGUAGUGUGUGCAGAUAUUGCUGAAACUUCAAUCGAGCAGUGCAAAGAACGUUAUGCGAAAUUGAAACAUAGGUCUCGUCAGGUAUUUUCGGCUGAGUUCAUUGCCGCCGAUUGCUCCAAGGAGAAUAUCAUGGAAAGAAUGGAAAAUUGUGAACUGAAACUAGACUUAGUCAGCUGCCAGUUUGCUUUUCAUUACUCAUUUGAGUCUUUGCCACAAGCUGAACAGAUGCUGGCAAAUGUUUCAUGCAAUCUUCAACCUGGUGGCUAUUUUAUAGGAACAACGACAGAUGCUUAUGACAUCAUGCGACGACUCAGGCGCGAUGAAAACCCUGAAAACAGGAAGUUCGGCAACUCAAUUUUUAGUGUCGAAUUUCCACCCGAGACUCUUUUAGAUCCCCCUCCUCUAUUUGGCGCUAAAUAUAACUUCCAUCUAGAAGAAGUUGUUGAUUGUCCGGAAUUUCUUGUUAAUUUUCCAACAUUUGAGAAAUUAGCCUCGAAAUACGGCCUCACUCUUGUACAGAAGACAAGAUUCGAAGAUUUUGUUCCACAGGAAUUGGAAUGUGGGAAAGAUUUGCUGAUGAGGAUGAAAGCUUUGGAGGCGUAUCCCCCGUACACUAAUCAAGAACCGGUCAGUACAGAUCAUUCUGAUUAUCUUCACGCACAGGAAUAUCUGAAUUCGUACUCUACCGCAGAAGGAUUCCGUCCUAAAAUUGGAACGCUCUCAAAGGCUGAAUGGGAAGCUGUUUCGCUUUACCUGGUUUACAUUUUCCGGAAAGAGGAUCUCAAUAAAGACAGAAAACGGAGGCAUUCCUCCUCUUCUAAUGAAGAAGAUAACACGGGUGAUAAGGGGAAACGCCAUUUAUUAAAUUGAAGUCUCACCACACAGUAUGCAUCUCAUAAUUAUUAUUAAACAUUGCGUCUGUACCGUUAUGUUGGCUUGCGAUAUUUGCAUUGUAUCCAUACACGGUACAUGGUCAA